GCUCCCGGAAGAUGCCUCCGCUCGGCCUCUGCGCGCCUGGUUCCCGACCCUCUGCAACCGCCUCCAGCUCUCGGCGCCGGAUCCUCUGCCUUCUGCACCUCCUCCCCGCUCUCGGGGCUCCGAUCCCAGGCUGUCCGCACCCAACGCCCAAGCCCUAGCACCUCGACCCUCCGCUCUCUUUCGCUCGCCCUUGGGCCCCGGCCCCCCACGGGCCUCUGUGCUUCGACCCUUUGCAACGCCCUGAACCCGACCCGACUCCACCCCCGUCCAGCCCCUCCGCACUCCAGCUACAGGCGGUGCCCGGCCACAGCGGUGAUCUCGUGCCGGCCCUGGCACGCGCGGUGACACUGCGGUCGCCCGGCUCUGUUUCCGCCCGCGCGGCCACCUCGCGCAGGUCGCGUCCUCGCCCUGGGCCUGGCUUCGCAUCUGGCUUGGCCCCUCAGCUUCUCACAGUGGAUUCCGUUCUGAAAGUCCCGGUAGGCGCAGCUGGUCUCGGGCGAAGGCCGCUGGCAGCCUCAAGCCUUGGGCCAAGGCCGUACCCGAAGGGAGGGAGUGGGGCGUGGAGCCCGGAGGGACGGAUGGGCCGUCCCCUCCGGCGGGCAAGGCGGGGCAGGGUCGUGCGGCAGAAGCGGGAGUGGGCUUGGAUUACACGUGAGCUGAACAGGGUCAGGCAGCUGCCCCCCUUUUGAGUGGAAAACUCGGCUGUGGUCCUGGACUCAAGUCGGCCUUGCCGAAAGUGUGAGCAUAGAUAGGUGGGCGCCCUUUUAGUGGAGGGCAGGCAGCCUAGGCUGUGGAACUCUGGGAGAGGAUGGUGACUCCCUGGCGCUUCUCUGUCAGGGUCUGCCUGUCGUACCUAAGGGGUUUUGAGCUCAGAAAGGAACUCUGCCUUUUAAGACCCUCCGGAUGCCCUCGAAAUUCCAGACUCUGCUGGCUUCUGCUGGGCACUUUGCCCAAACUCGUCUCAGUCCAUGGGGACACUGGUGAGGGGCCGCCUGAGAACGCGUAUCAGCCAAGGGCCAGCUGGAGUGACCUGGCUGAAAACGGGCCCCUGGAGAGAGUCUCCCAAGACGGGUGGCACGGCUGCCUCCUCCUUUACCUCCGCCUGGGGCUGCGAGCUGGGGCUCUCCUGGUGAAAUUCUUCCCCCUCCUCCUACUCUACCCUCUCACCUACCUGGCUCCCAGCAUCUCCAGCCUCUGGCUGCACCUGCUUCUGAAAGCCACGGAGACCUCAGGCCCAACGUACAUCAAACUGGGCCAGUGGGCCAGCACCCGGCGAGACCUCUUCUCAGAGGCCUUCUGUGCCCAGUUCUCCAAGCUGCAUGUGCGGGUGACCCCGCACCCUUGGGCUCACACCGAGCACAUCCUGCAGCAGGCAUUUGGGGAGGACUGGGGGAAGGUCCUCCGCUUUGAGAAGCAGGAGCCUGUGGGUUCAGGCUGCGUGGCCCAAGUGUACAAAGCGCGUGCCAACCCUGUCUUCCUGGACAAUGGCAGCAUCCAGAGACUCGCCAAGGCCUCCAGGCUGCCGCCUCCUUCAGAAGCUGGGGCGGCCUCGGGGCUGAGCGUGCUCUUCGGGCCCCUGGGGAAGGGGUGGUGGUCUCAAGGAAGUCUUGCGGACCAGUCACUUCUAGAAAGGCUGCUGCUCCCUAGAGCCGACCUGGUUGGAUCGGACGCAGUCGUGUCUCAGGCCUUGGCACCUGCCCCCCCACCUCAGCCGCAUCACCUCAUCCCUGUGGCCGUGAAAGUGCUGCACCCUGGCCUGCUCUCUCAGGUGCGGAUGGACCUGCUGCUGAUGAAGACGGGCAGCCGAGCCCUUGCGCUUUUGCCAGGAAUCAAGUGGCUUAGCUUGCCUGAGAUAGUGGAGGAAUUUGAAAAGCUCAUGGUCCAACAGAUCGACCUGCGCUACGAAGCUCAGAACCUGGAACACUUCCAGUGCAACUUCCUGAACGUGACGUCUGUCCGAUUCCCCACCCCGCUGCACCCCUUCGUCACCAGGGAUGUUUUGGUGGAGACCUACGAGGAGAGCGUGCCCGUGUCCAGUUACCAGCAGGCAGGAAUUCCCGUCGACUUGAAGAGGAAGAUCGCUCGGCUGGGGAUCAACAUGCUCCUGAAGAUGAUAUUUGUGGACAACUUCGUCCACGCCGACCUUCACCCUGGGAACAUCCUGGUCCAGGGCGCCGACGGUCUGUCCGAGCGCCGAGAGGCGCGGCUGCCGCAGGUGGAUGUCUGUGACGCGCUGGUGGCGUCCGUGAUGCCCGCGCCGGGCCCGCUGCGCCUGGUGCUCCUGGAUGCCGGCAUCGUGGCCGAGCUGCAGGCCGCGGACCUUAGGAACUUCCGGGCAGUUUUCAUGGCUGUGGCGAUGGGGCAGGGCCACAGAGUGGCCGAGCUCAUCCUGCAUCACGCCCGGGCCAGCGAGUGCAGGGACGUCGGGCGAUUCAAGGCUGAGAUGGCCACACUGGUGACCCAGGCCAGGAAGGACACGAUCACCCUGGAGAAGCUCCAAGUCUCUAGCCUUCUCUCCAGUGUCUUUAAGUUGCUGAUGACUCACAAGGUGAAGCUUGAGAGCAACUUUGCUUCCAUCGUGUUUGCCAUCAUGGUGCUAGAGGGGCUCGGCCGCUCGCUGGACCCCAAACUGGACAUCCUGGAGGCAGCAAAGCCCUUCCUGCUGCAAGGGCUAGCGUCUUCCCCGUGACCAUGGCCGUGGGGUGCGGUGGUCUCCGUCCUGUCUGAGAACUGAAGGCCACUCCCAACAGCCUCUGCUGGGACAGCUGGAACUUUUACAAACUGGGACGUGUGGAGGGCAGACCACUCCUUUUCACUCUGAUUUGGGUUCAGGCACCUGUUUAAACGGCUUCGGGUGAUUUGGGGAAGAAAAGGGAGGGGAGGGCCCUAACCCGUCAGUUGCAGGAGCUGGGCCUGGUGGGAGACUCUAUGUUUCGGGGAAAAGGUUCUGUGGAGGAGGACAAAUAAACUUAAGUUAUUUUGUUUUC